AAUAUCCAAAAUCACUUAAAAUAAGAAAAUAACGUAAUCGUCAAAUUUAUUACAUGACAACAAUUCGUUCGAUGACAUUCGACGUAGUCUCGAUUUCGUUCUAGCUGUAGAAGGACUUUCGAGAAAGUUCAACUUUCGAUAAUAAUCGAACGCGUUUUCCUAUUAGGAAGAGCCGACAUUAAAAUAGUGCGCGAAAACGGCAUUGCUCGAAUUGUAAAGAACAGUUUCUGGAAACACUUCUGGCGAAUAAGGAACAUUUCGGUUCGAAAUGCAGAAUGCCGCUCUGGUUUCCACGUCUCUGAGUUUAUUACCUAUAAUUAUAGAUGCAGCAAAUGUAGUAAAUCCUCGUUGUAACGCAGUCGUUUGGAAACACGGCUUUUCCUCCGCGUCGUUAAUCUCGCCUCGCUACUGUUCGGUUCAUUGUGCAUUUAUGACAAGAGUUGUAAUAAUAAUUAGAAAGAACGAUUGCUAAAACGAUAAUUGUGUGAACACUGAGAUGGUCAUUUUUAGAGGUUAUUCUUAAAGAUGUGAAAUUGUCUGCUAAAAGGAAAUGAAAAACUGCAACAGGAGGCGCCAACCAUCUGCACUUAUAAGAGCGGGAAACAGGAAAACUCUCCAAUUUAUAUCUACGUCCUUGGCACCCUAUCUGACUCCAAGCGAAGCAUCUCUCAAAUCCAAAACAAAAUGGCGGUCAAACUUCGGCCCAAGAUGGAGUCCCUAACGUUCUCGAACAAUAUUCCUCGUUAAUUCUCCGUGGAAAUAUUCCAAUGACAACAAUGAUUGAAGAUAUCGGCAGAGGCGCAAGCGCUAUUCGGUGUUAUCUGGCAAAAGGGAGGCGCGGCUAUAACCAUGGAUCCCAGUGUACUCGCCAACAUGGAUAAGGACGCACUGAAGAAGCAGAUCGAGAACAUGAAGUACCAGGCCAGUAUGGAACGAUGGCCCCUGUCGAAGAGCAUUGCCGCAAUGAGGGAGUACGUCGAAGAGAACGAGAAGACUGACCCGCUGAUACACGCGCCCGACAAGAAGAACAAUCCCUGGGCCGAGAAAGGCAAAUGCAUAAUCAUGUAAUCAGGACGUAGAACCGCAACCGGGUAGGGGAGGAGGCGAAGAGCAUCAGAAGGCACCAUCGGCAGAGACAAAAAAAAGAAGGAGAAGAGGUCGGAUCGUUUAGCGGCGGUCGAAGAAAAACCGAGAGAAACUAUAAAACCAAACCAAAAAAACAAAAGACGUAUAACAAAAAGGAUAGAACAAUGAGGAGGAAGAAGAAGAAGAGAAAUCGCGAGAUGGCUGCGACGGAGUUGUGCAAUGCUCGACCGAACGGUUGGAUCAGGAAGGAGCCAAGUGUCGUUCGCGAACACCAAAAACGAAUAAGGAGGAGCGAGGCUGACGCGGAGGAGAACCAAAGUAGCUGGAGCAAAUUAUUCAACAAUCUAAUUCUUCGUGGUUACCUGUUCGUAGUAACUUUCCCGUUUGGCAUGCAAAGUAACGAGCGGCUGGAUUGAACGGGUCGUUUUCUUCGUCUUUCUAAUCUCAGGUUGAAUCUCGCGUCUCGAGCAACGCCAGAAGUAUACUGUGCGCAGUGGCGUAACUAGGUGGGGGGCUGAAAUGGGGCUACGAGCUAAUGUGGAAAUAUGUCACCUGAUUAGGUAACGUGGUUAUAUAACGCGUGGCGAUAUAUCGCGAGGAUAUUCAACAAAUGUUACGCAAUGUUUUAUAACGAAUGACGAUAUAUUGCGUUGGUAUACUGUGCACGAUGUUACUUGAGACCAUAUAACGCGCGGCGAUAUAUCGCGAGGAUAUGCAACAGAUGUUAUGCAAGGUUUUAUAACGAAUGACGAUACAUUGCGUUGGUAUUGUGCACGAAAAUGUUACGGGAGACCAUAUAACGUGUGGCGAUAUAUCGCGAGGAUAUGCAAGUGGUAAUGUUACGCGGGGCUAUAUAACGGAUGAUGAUAUAUUGCGUGGGUAUACUGCGCGUGGUAAUAUAACGUGAGACCAUAUUGCGUGGCGAUAUAUACCGCGGAAAUAUAACAAGUCAUAAUGCUACGCGGGGUCAUAUAACGGAUGAUGAUAUAUUGCGUCGAUAUACUACACGUUAUAAUGUAAUAUGUGGACGUAUAACAAGUGGCGAUACAUCGCGUGGCCAUAUAUUGCGCGGAUACAAGAGGAACUGUAACGCAGGGCUAUACAAUAGAUGGUAAUAUGCAGAUAUACUACGCGUAAUAAUGUAGCGUGUGACCAUAUAACAAAUGGCCAUAUAUCGCGAGAAGGAUGCAAGUCUUAACGUCACGCGGGGUUAUAUAAGGGAUGGCGAUAUAUUGCGAAGAUAUACGCGUGAUAAUGUAACGUGUGAUCGUAUAACACGUGGCCAUAUACUGCGUGGCUAUAUACGGCGAUAUUUCGCGUGGAUGUACAACUGGUAAUGUAACGCGGGGAUAUGUGACGCGUGAUGAUAUGUUACAUUGGUGAACUACGCGUGAUAGAGUGGUCAUAUAACGAGAGGUCAUAUAUUGCGAGGAUGUACCCCUAAUGUGUUGAGUGGCCAUAUAACGGAAGACGGAGCUUUACAAUACGUGAUAAUGCCAUACGAUGAAUGACCAUAUGUGUAGGUGUACAACGCGUGGUAAUGUAACGUAAAACGAUAUGUUGCCUGACGUGAUACGUGACGAUAUAACAAGGUGUACGACGCCUGUAAGGAGUAGCUAUCUAACGUGUAACGAUAUAUGCGUAGCUAUACAACGCAUGACCAUAUAACGUGUAACGAUAUAUUGCAUGAGUAUACAUAUUGAGAUCUAACAUAUACAAUGAAUGGCGAUAAAACGCGUGUCGAUCUAAUGGGUGGUGAUCUUACCAUUCUGACAUAUGAAGAACUGAAGCGUUUACAAGUGGUUACCUAACGCACGACUGUACAAUAUGUGAAGAUGUAACGCGUGUCUAUAUAUACACGUGACGAUAUAUAACGUGUGGCGGUUCAACGGAUGGUGAUAUAACGCGAGAUAAGACAACACGUAGUGAUCUAAUGCGUUGUGAUACAACGCGUGGUGAUCUAACGCGUUGUGAUGUAAUGCGUUGCGGUACAACGCGUGGUAUACUAACACAUAACUAUACAAUAUGUCGAGAUCUAACGCGUUGCAAUAUAACGAGAGGCGAUCUAAUGUGUGGCUGUAUAAUAUGUGGAGAUUAUACAGCUGGUAAUAGAACGCAAGACGAUGCACUGCGUGAAUAUAUAAAAUUUGCAACAAUCUACCACACUGCGAUUUAACGCGUGGCGAUAUAACACGUGGUAAUCUAACGCGUAGUUACACACUAUGUAAAGAUUCAACGUAUUGCAAUUCAACGAGUGGCUAUGUAACGUGUGGCUGUACAACGCGUGAUGAUCUGACGGAUGGCUAUAUAACGCAUAUGCAAUCUAAUGCGAGGAAAAUUAACGCGUGGCUAUUCAAUGGAUUUGCGUAAUUAUUUAAUGGGUGGCGAUAUAACGCUCGGUAAUUUACCGCAGGGCCACAUAACACACGGCGAUAUAACGCGUGGCCAUAUAUCGCGUAACAACAUAACGCACGGUCGUACAACUUGUAGUCGUUUGACACACGGCGAUAUAACGCGUGGUAAUGUAAUGGACGGCGAUAUAACGCGUGGCUAUAUAACGUACGGCGAUAUAACGCGUGGCCAUAUAUCUCCUAAAAAUAUAACGCACGGUUGUACAACCUGUAAUCGUUUGACACACGGCGAUAUAAUGCGUGGUUAUAUAACGUAUGGUGAUAUAACGCGUGGCUAUAUAACGUACGGCGAUAUAACGCGUGGCCUUAUAUCGCGUAACAAUAUAACAAACGGACGUACAACCUAUAAUUUGACACACGGCGAUAUAACGCGUGCUUAUAUAAUGUACGGCGAUAUAACGCGUGGCUGUAUAACGUACAGCGAUAUAACACAUAAUGAUUGAAUGUACGGCGAUAUUACGCGCGGUGAUCAACUCGUAGCUCUAAAACCCACUGUAACCAAAUUCGCCACAGUUUUACGCGUGGCGAUAUAACGCGAGUCGGCUCGAAAACGGCUCCCUAAAGAUCCUAGUUACGCCAAUGAUUGCGCAUCGAUAUUAAUUGGUUUGACUUUCACAUCGUUGCGUCCGUCUCUCUUCCUCGCUUUUUUUUUUUACCUUUUAAGUUUCUCUUUGUAUAUUGCAUGACAGCGAGUAAAUACACUUCUUAAGCGAAGAUUACGUGAAUGUAUUCUCGAAUGACAACAAAAGGGCGACCAUUUCGAAGCAACAGUAAGGAUGAAAAUUGAAUGGAAGGAAAAUAAACGAAGACCAAACGGAAAGUAUGCAGACAGGAACAAGAUCGGCCUCGGCUCCGUAUACCACUUCCGCCUCGUCGUUGUUCCGAAUCGAUUUAUAAAACGAUCGAUAACGCGUUAUGCGUCAUAUACACCGUGUGCAAUUUCGAAUCUAGUACCAUGAAAACUCUUUUGAACCGUUCAUUAUAUCGUAAGGAUUAUUUAUUCUUAAGUACACAGUGUAAUCUAACGUCAUUCUAUGUACACACGUUAUACCAUAUGUCGUACGAUUAAUAUGCUAUGCAUAUUUCUGCGAAUUUCUUACGGAAAAUAUAAUAUAUUCACAUCGU